AUGUCUGUUUAUCCAUUUGACAAAGAGCAGCUCCGGAACCUGCGGGGUAGGACUAUCCUGAUCACCGGCGCAGCCAGCGGAAUUGGACGAGCGGCUGCUCAGAUUGCGCAUGGGCAUGGGGCAAACCUUGUAUUAGGAGACUUGGACGUAGAUGAAGGGAACAAGCUUGUGAACGAACUGCAAGGUCCGGUUCUAUUUCGCAAAACCGAUAUAUCCAAAUGGGAUGAUGUUUUAUCACUUUUCGAAGCAGGGGUCAAGGAGUUCGGUAUCAUCCACUCUGUUCUUGCAAACGCGGGAAUGAAUAAAGAAGACCUACUUGCAGAAGACCUUGACGCAAAUGGCAGGCUUCUUCCGCCCAAUCUAGGGAGUAUCGAUGUGAAUCUAGUUGGCACGGCCUAUACAGUCAAGAGUGCUGUACACUUCUUCAGCAAGUGGCCGGAGACAAAGUGCCAAAUUGUCUUGACAGCAAGCGCAGCUAGUUACCUCGACACCCCCCCACUGUACCUAUACUGUGCGACGAAGAUGGGGGUUCUGGGCCUUAUGCGGGGAUUGAGGUCUCAACUUGUCAAACAGAACAUCACCAUCAAUGUCGUGGCGCCAUGGAUGACUAGUAAGGAUUUCCAAUCUCGGAUGGUAGAAGAGACGCAGGUGAAGUGCAGUUCUAAUUUCCACUCCACUCUAGUUACGAAUAUGGUCCCUCCCUCGGUGGUUACGUUGUGGGGUGAUCUCCCCGCCAACCAGCCAUCGGGAGUUGCUCAUGCUAUUCUCCUACCACUGAUGCAACCUGAGAUUAACGGCAAGGCCUUCUUCGUCGCAGGUCAUAGGAUCAUAGAGUUAGAGGACAAGCUUAUUGAGACGCAGCCAUUGUGGAUGGGGGGGCAGUUGAGCAGUGAUAUUGCAGAGGGACAGCGAAGAUUGACAACUUGA